AUGUAUGAAUUUCCCUGUGUUCAUGAUGCUAUUAAAUUAAUGAGGAAGUGUGGGCUGAGAGACUCAGUGGCCGUUGAGGAUGUAGCUGUGACCUUCACCUUGGAGGAGUUGGCCUUACUGGAUCCUUCACAGAAGAAAUUCUAUAGAGAUGUGAUGUGGGAAAUCUUCAGGGACCUGGCCUCAGUAGGGAAAGAAUUUGAAGAUUAUGACAUUGAAGAUCAGUACAAAAACCAGGGGAGAAAACCGGGAAGUCAUAUGGAAGAGGAAAUCUGUGAAAGUGAAGAAAGUGGAGUAAAACCAUGGGAAUACAGUAUGAGUGGAAGAGUCUUCAUGCAGCAGUCAUCUGGUGAGAGGUACAUCAAAUGUCACACUGGACACAAUCCCUGUGAGUAUCAGAAAUAUGGAGAGAAGCCAUAUGAAUGUAAGAAAUGUGGGAUAGCAUACAUUUAUCCCAGUUCGUUUCAAAUACAGGAAAGGCCUCACACUGGAGAGAAACCCUACGAAUGUAAAAAAUGUAGUAAAGCCUUCAGUUGUCUUCAUUAUCUUCGAAGACAUGAAAGAACUCAUACUAGGGGAAAACCCUACAAAUGUAAGGAAUGUGGGAAAGCCUUAUGUGAGCUCUCAAGCCUUCGAGCACACAUGAUCACUCACACUGGAGAAGGACCUUAUAAAUGUAAGGCAUGUGAGAAAGCAUUCCUUUCUCCCAGUUCAUUUCGAACACAUGAAAGGACUCACACUGGAGAGAAACCUUAUGAAUGUGAACAAUGUGGUAAAACCUUCAGAUAUUAUAAAAAUUUGAAAGCACAUGAAAGGACUCAAGAAGGAGAGAAAUCCUAUAAAUGUAAGGAAUGUGGAAAAGCAUUUGGUUGUCUCAGACAUCUUCAAAGACACGAAAGUAUCCAUACUAGAGGGAAGCCCUAUGAAUGUAAGCAAUGUAGGAAAGCCUACACAGAUCAGAGUUCCUUACGAAGACACAAAAUGACUCAAGGACAGAAACCCUGUGAAUGUGAAAUGUAG